AUGGAGGUGGCAACCGGAGACAUCACCAAGCGGCACUUGGAGUGGUUGGCAGACGUCGAGGUUGGUGACGCCGUGCUACUGCUUGGUGCGGAGAGGGUGGAAAGGCGCAAAGAAGGGCUUGCAGAACCUCAACACGCCAGUGUUGAUGGCAGGCCCGUUGUCGAUGGCAACGAUGCGUUUCAAGAGAUCGCGGCCUCUCACACAGAGGCUGAGGCCGUCGAUCAAGGCGGAGUCAUGGUGGAGGAAACUUGGCAUGACGAGGAGCUGUACCUCGUUCUCGAUACUACUCGUGACGACAACGGCAACCUUGUGGACGCUCAGCUACGCGACCUCUACUGCGAACCGUACCUGUCUGCUGCUAGCCCCGCGAGUCACAGCAUAGACAGCAUCGAUCUGGCUCUUCCGGAAGUUCUAGAUCCAAGAAGGAAGCUGGCAACAGUUCGCAGCAUCAAAGACCUCGCUGGUGGACUCGAUGGCAAAUACCAUCGUAUUAUAUGUCGACCGGAUGGCGACACGGUUCGCAAUUACGUGCAUGGAGGGAAGUGCGGAGUCAGAUGUAAUCAAGGCUUUCUAGAGUGUCAGGACAAAGUUACGAAAUUGGCCAGCGCAUUCGACAGCGCGUUUGACGAUUAUGAACCGCUAUGCCCGGUCUGCGUUGGCGAAGAGCUCGUCUAUGACUACCACAAUUGCCGAGACGCUUUCUCUCUUCACAACCUCGGGGGAAGCGAAAUUGAACAAUUACACCAGAGAUUGAAUAUGCGCUUGGAAGAACUGGGAUACACGACGUACCAGUAUCGUGGAGAGGAUGACGGAGGCCCACUGUUUCGAGAUGUGCUCCAAGACGAUCCCAGCGAAUUGGACGACGACGAGUAG